UACUAGUGUUAAAUCAGUUAUCAUCAUGCCUCCUAAAACGAGUGGUAAAGCUGUGAAAAAGUCGGGCAAGGCCCAGAAGAACAUCACCAAGUCCGAUAAAAAAGGACGCAAGAAGAAGCGUAAGGAAAGUUACGCCAUCUACAUCUACAAAGUGUUGAAACAAGUUCAUCCUGACACUGGAGUUUCCAGUAAAGCCAUGAGCAUCAUGAACAGCUUUGUCAACGACAUCUUUGAACGUAUCGCAGCUGAGGCGUCCAGACUUGCGCACUACAAUAAACGUUCGACCAUCACCUCCCGGGAAAUUCAAACUGCAGUGCGUCUAUUAUUACCCGGUGAAUUGGCCAAGCACGCCGUCAGUGAAGGAACCAAAGCCGUCACCAAGUACACCAGCUCUAAAUAAACUUCCUAAUCCCUCAAUAAACCAAACGGCCCUUUUCAGGGCCACCAAAUUUUUUAAAACGUAUUUUUCUCUUAAGCUUUAAAUUUACAUUUAAUCAAUGUUAAAAUUGUUAAUGGAUUUGUGUUGAGUUAACCCAAAUUAGAUAAAUGAAUUUUUUAAGUUAUCUUCCACCAUAUCAGAAAGGAACAAUGAUGAUUUAGAUACACAAUCUAAGCAUAUGGUUCCUUAAGUAUUUUAAUACUAAAAGUCCCAUAACGUUUCUCAAUUUACCCUGUAGGUUAUAGAACAAAGUAACCAAUCAAACGCUCGCUUUAAUAGCAAAAGAAAAGUGAGGGGUAACUGCGUCUAACAAACAUUACUUUCUUGCCCUGAGAAAAUUUUUGGUUUCAAUUGAUAAUGAAACAAACUUGUUGAAACAAGUAAAAAUUCUUUACGCUAAGAAAUAGUUUUUUUCUGUGUGAGGUGCCUUGUUUUUUAUUUUUAGCCUCAAUCAAUCACAUCCCCUGACUUGAAUCUUGCAUUAUUGUUUACUAUAAAUUAUUUUUUUUUCUUUAAUAUUCACAACAGUCGCGGGUUUUUCAA